AUGGGCAAGUCCAAGGGCAAACUCGAUGCGCUGCUCUUGGAGGCUGCUGGCGUGGAACUGGACCCAAAGAAGGUUCUAAAAAUGGAGCCGGAAGAGCGAGCAUCCUGGCUCUCUACAGCUUGUCGCGUCGCCUCUGAAGGUGCUGUGAAGGUCAGCCAGCUGUACAAUGUGCUUGCCAGCGAGAAAUUUGCUGAUGGGCUGAACGAGAAGGUUGGCAAGCGAAUGCACCGAACCAUGCUGAAGUACUUGCAUAUCUUCUCGGACAAGCAGCAGCGGUAUCUCAAGCAGUGUGGGCUGGCCCGGGAUUUCGGCCUCAAUGACAAGGAGGCCCCCAACAAGGAGGUGGCGGAUGUGAAGCCGAGGCGAAAGAGCCAGAGCGACGAGGAUGCCGCCGUCCGCAUGGAGGAGAUGAUGGCGAGAUGCCGCAACUUCGUGCGCGAGAAGGCGCAGACCUACGAAGAGCGUAUGCGUGAGGCCGAGGAGCAGGAGAGAGAGGCCCGCCGGCAAGAGAUGCUGCGCCGUGAGCGCGAGGAGCGCGAGCGCUUGGCGCGUGAGUGGGCAGAGAUUGCGGACUGGCACCGCCAACUCGAAGGGUGGGAGCGCUCGCAGCUGGCCAUCGAGGACCUGCGAGAGCAGGAACGAGCAAGAGAAGCCCAAGAGGUUCGCGAAGCCCUGGAGGGAAACAAGAGCCGCUCUCGCUCAAAGCGCAAGCGACCCCUGGAAGAGGACCAACCUUGGCCUGCAGAGGAGCAAAUUCUGGAGGAGGAGCUCCGACGUGCUCAACACGGGCACGACGACUCCGACCUGUCGCGCCAGGCUCGCCAGGAGGAGGCACGGAGGCAGCUGGAGGAGCAGUGGCACCUCGAACAGGCAGAGCGCGAGGAAGAGGAGGCCUGCUGGCAGCAGCAGCAAGCUGAGCUAUGGGCAGAAGAGGAAGCACGGUGGCAGGCCGUGCAGCAGAGCCAAGAAGAGGCUCGCCGACAGGCAGAGCAGCAGCACAAGCAAGAACAAGACCGGGCGUGGGCCGAGCAUCAGCGUCGUAUGGAGGCUGAGCGCUGGCAGACGGAGCAACGCCGACUGGCGGAGGAACGGUGGUGGCAAGAGCAGCAGCAGAUCGAAGAGAAGCGACGGCAGGCCGAGGCAGAAGAAGUCCGGCGCUGGUUGGAAGAAAGGCGGAAGGCAGAGGAGCUCUGGCGUCAGGAGGAGAGUCGUCGAGCGGAGCAGCGGCGUCAGGCUGCGGAGCGGCGACGCAAGGAGCAGCAACGCCAGAUCGAAGAGCGGCUCGUCGCCGAGGAGCAGCGCCAAGCAGAGGAGCAGAGAAGAAAAGCAGAGCAAGAGAAGGCUGCCCGACUCGCGGCGGAGGAGAGAAGUGCGAAUCCACAAACAUUGUCUGACUUGCUGAGUUUCGGUUCCUCCAAGCGUUGA